CUUCAGAUCAACUCUAAAGCCAAUUACGAAUCAAAGAAUUAAAUUAAAACUUCUUAAGCAACGGAACAAAUGGAAUGAAAAUCGAUGCGAAGUCGAGGGAAAAGUUUGGGUUCCCACUCAGAAAAUACCGCGACUUUUGCAGACCUGUCCGUCAGUAAUGAAGAGACUAAUAAGAAAAGCAGAGUUAUUAGGACUCAGUCCUCAAACCCAUAUAAUAUCGCAUGAAGUGGGAGACGUACGGCGCAAAUGGCACGUCCCGGCGGCCUUCUCGGUCGAGUUCAUCAGCUAUUAUAUCGAUCGCAAUAAUAGGAUGUCUUCAAUGCAGAAGCGUUCUGAAGAACUCAUUGUUCAGAACAAUCAACUCAAGGAGACCGAGAAAACCACGCGUUUGGCAUACGAUAAGUGUCUGCAAGAGUUGGAACCAAUCAAAGAGGAAUCGGAUGGUCUUCGGACUCAUAUUAAGAAUUACUUCAAUAUUCUGAACCAAUUGUCUGACCAAAACAUACCGUUACCAAAACUAUUGGAAACAAUUGAAGCCAAUAGACGAGAGAAGUUAGCUCUGAAUGAGUCGAAAACGCGACGGAGUUCUGUGUUAGAGAUAGUCGAGUGUGGGAUCUGUCACCAAACCAAAGACCAGCACCAG